AUGCCGGCCUCCUUCUCCGAUACUGACCACGCGCAGCGCGAGAGGUCUCGUUCUCCCCGUCGUCGUUCGCGUAGCCCUCGACGCAGCAGCCGUCGCUCCUAUUCGCCGCGCAGUCGUUCUCGCAGCCGUGACGAUUAUCGCCGCUCCGAACGCCGCUCUCGCUCGCCUAUGAGUGCUGCUCCCGGCGCCUCUGGAGGACAGUCUGGUUUUGGUUACGGUGGGCGCAACUACCCACCUCCCCCGAGAUCGUUCGAGGAUCGUGCAGUCGCCAAAGAACAAAUGAUGCAAUCCGUGCGCGAGUCGUCCCAGCAAGACCGUCGCGUCUAUGUGGGCAAUCUAUCCUACGAUGUCAAGUGGCAUCAUCUGAAAGAUUUCAUGAGACAGGGUGAGCAGGGUCAUAUCGUGUCGGGCGUGAUUGUGGAAUACGCGACCAGGGAGCAAGCGCAGAAUGCUGUCAACACGCUUAGCAACCAGAACCUGAUGGGUCGACUCGUCUAUGUCCGCGAGGACCGUGAACCGGAGCCUCGCUUCACUGGCGGACCCUCUCGCGGAGAUUUCGGUGGCGCUGGUCGCGGUGGCUUUGGAGGCGGUUACGGCGGUGGUGGCGGUGGCAGACAGCUCUAUGUAGCCAAUCUCCCAUUCAACGUUGGCUGGCAAGACCUGAAGGAUCUGUUCCGCCAAGCAGCCCAACAAGGUGCUGUCAUUCGUGCCGACGUCCACACUGAUGCCAGCGGCCGUCCCAAGGGCUCUGGGAUCGUCGCGUUUGAGUCGCCUGAUGACGCUCGCAAUGCCAUUCAACACUUCAAUGGGUACGACUGGCAGGGCCGGACCUUGGAGGUGCGUGAGGACCGCUUUGCCGGUGCCGGAGUAGGCUUCGGUGGGCGUGGUGGUUUUGGAGGCGGCUUUGGCGGCCGCGGUGGCUUUGUGCGUGGUGGCUUCGCUGGUCGUGGCGGCUUCGUAGGCAGUUUUGGUGGCCGUGGCGGUUUCGCCGGUGGCUACGGUGGUGGUCCCUCGAACUUCGAGCCAGUUGGUUCGGUGCCUCCCAACCAGUUCACAGACUUUGCAACCUCUGGAGGUGACAAGGGUCCCACCAUUUAUGUCCGCAAUCUGCCCUGGUCGACCUGCAAUGAGGAUCUGGUGGACUUGUUCUCGACCAUCGGUAAGGUGGAACGUGCUGAGAUUCAGUACGAGCCGAACGGCCGCUCGCGUGGCACGGGCGUGGUACGGUUUGACAGCGCCGAUACCGCGGAAACCGCGAUCGCCAAAUUCACGGGUUACCAGUACGGUGGGCGGCCUCUCGGCAUCACUUUCGUCAAAUACAUGAAUGGCGAAUCCUCGGUUCAGGGAGACACCAUGGACGGGGCCGACCCGACUGGAGGAAUCACCCAGGAUCAGAUCAUGUAA